GGGAACGAGGGGCCGCGCACGGAUUUUUGUUGCCCAGGACAGGAGACCCCAGGUCCCGGAGGCAGAAUGGCAGAGAUGCAGGGGUUGCUACACAGGCUGGAGCAAGCAGUCGUCCGACUGGAAUCACUGUCCGCAGAGUCACGCAGACCUCCUGGGGACUGUGGAGAAGUGAACGGCAUCAAUGGAGGCAUGCCGCCCUCCGUGGAAGCCUUUGAUAAGCUGAUGAACGGCAUGGUGGCCGAGUUUUUGAAGAACAGUAGGAUCCUUGCUGGCGAUGUGGAGACUCAUGCAGAAAUGGUGCACAGCGCUUUCCAGGCCCAGCGGGCUUUCCUUCUGAUGGCUUCUCGGUACCAACAACCUCAAGAGAAUGAUGUGGCUACACUUCUGAAACCAAUAUCUGAAAAGAUUCAGGAAAUCCAGACUUUUAGAGAGAGAAACCGGGGGAGUUCGAUGUUUAAUCACCUCUCAGCUGUCAGCGAAAGCAUCCCUGCUCUCGGGUGGAUAGCGGUGUCCCCCAAACCUGGUCCUUAUGUCAAGGAGAUGAAUGACGCUGCCACGUUUUACACGAACAGGGUCUUAAAGGACUACAAACACAGUGACUUACACCAUGUGGAUUGGGUGAAGUCCUAUUUGAACAUUUGGACUGAGCUUCAAGCAUACAUCAAGGAGCACCACACCACAGGACUUACUUGGAGCAAAACAGGUCCUGUAGCAUCCACUGCACUGGCACUGUCUGUCCUCUCCCCUGGGCCUGGCCUUCCUCCACCCCCUCCUCCUCUGCCUCCUCCAGGACCACCUCCACUUUUUGAUAAUGAAGGCAGAAAAGAGGGGUCCUCUCCUUCACGCUCAGCUUUAUUUGCUCAGCUCAACCAGGGAGAAGCAAUUACGAAAGGGCUACGGCAUGUCAGAGACGAUCAGAAGACACACAAAAAUCCCGGCCUGAGAUCUCAAGGAGGACAAGCUCGAUCUCCAACCAAAAGUCACUCUCCAGGCUCCACUUCUCCCAAAUCCCAUCCUCCACAGAAACAUGCUCCUGUGUUUGAGUUGGAAGGAAAGAAAUGGAGAGUGGAGUACCAAGAGGACAGGAAUGACCUUAUGAUUUCAGACACUGAACUGAAACAAGUGGCUUACAUUUUCAAAUGCAACAAAUCUACUCUACAGAUGAAAGGAAAAAUAAAUUCCAUUACAAUUGAUAACUGUAAGAAGUUUGGCCUCGUAUUUGACAAUGUGGUGGGCAUUGUGGAAGUGAUCAAUUCUAAGGACAUUCAGAUUCAGGUAAUGGGGAGAGUGCCAACAAUUUCCAUUAAUAAGACAGAAGGAUGCCACAUAUACCUCAGUGAAGACGCCUUAGACUGUGCGAUUGUGAGCGCCACAUCAUCUGAAAUGAAUAUACUUAUCCCUCAGGAUGGUGAUUAUAGAGAAUUUCCUGUUCCUGAACAGUUCAAAACAACAUGGGAUGGAUCCAAGUUGGUCACCGAGCCUGCAGAAAUUAUGGCUUAAUCUCCAGAGACCUAAUCUCCUGACCUGCUGGAUCCCCUGUGUUAAACGAAUAAAAAUUUUUUCAAAAGCAGUAUUGAAGACCUAAAAGUUGCAGUAGCACCUGCUGCUUUAGUUUUGGGUCUCCAGUAAUGCUGGGCUAUAGAAACAGCAUCAUUUCUGGCAUGCUUCAGUGGGCAUUUUGAAGUAUUUAAUAUUUCUUCAUGAUUUUCCUUUGUGUGUGAUUUUAGUUCCACAUAAGGACUUGUGAGCAGUACAGAUUAAAGGGGUAAAAAAAGAAUUAUAUUCCCCUCAUAUCAUUAACACAGUAACUGAUAGGUAAAAAAUACUGCAUGAUUCACUUGCACACUUAAGUUUAAUUGCUAGUAGAAAAAAACCUUUGAGAAUCUAAGGUGUACAUUUUUACCUUUUAGACAAUUUCAGUAUGAUGUAACAGUGUGCCCUGAAAAGUGUAUGGUUUUUUCUUAUUUUUCACCACACGUUCACCUUUAUCAGCGUGACUGCACUGUCAGCAUGAAUGCAGAAUUCAACCCACUUUUUUUUUUUUUUAAACAUAAGAAAAUUCCAUAUUAGGGGCCAAACUUAGUUUCUUGGUCCAUGGAAGACCUGUAUUCUUUAUAGUAACUGAAAAUCAAAAGUUAAUUAUUGAUCUUUAAUUUUUCUGUCACUUGAAAAACUUACUUUUACUUGUAAAGAUUUUGAUGCCAAAAGACUGAUGGGAGGAAGCCGUUUCUUUGGUAUCUGUGUAAUACCUCACAGUUUUGCUCUUAAGAUCACACUCAAUUCUGUUUUUCAGUUUUGAACUUGUUAAAUAUCAGAUGCCUUGUAAAAGAUGUCUUUAAUGUUCUGAGUUCUUCUCCACUUGCCAGACUUGCUAACCAGUUUCAAAAAUGAACAUGAAAAAGCCAUAGCUAUAUUACUUCUUCCAAAACCUAAGGAAUUAUUCAUUGGUUUGACUUGCUGCUCUUAUUUUGUGGUCUUGAUAGAAUUUGCUUUUUCAGCACAAUAACUAGGAUAUCCCUUUGUAUCUUUUCAGUUCACAGUGCUGAAAACUCUCCUUAGGUAAUGAAUUAUCACAUAGUGCUUGCAGACCCAAAUACAAGCAUCUAUAUUGUGCCUAUUACAGCCUUUGGAAUACAUCAUUUCUGUUAUUUUAAAUACCUUCUAUAUUCAUAUUGUUUCCAAAUUCCUAAUGCACAUAUAACAAGGUUUUCCUAUAGAAAUUUUGUCCAUAUGAAUAAUGUUGUGGCUUUAGUAAAUACUGUUUUUCAAUUGUAAACUUAUUCUGAAAUAAAGUAAAAUUUUAAUUGUUUAAAUGCCCUGAUUAA